CGGUGCGGGGGGAACCGGCGAUGCUGCUCUUCUGCCCGGCCUGCGGCAACGUGCUGGUGGCCGAGGAAGGGCCGCGCUGCCACCGCUUCGCCUGCACCACCUGCCCCUACGUGCGCAACGUCACGCGGAAGGUGACCAGCAGGAAAUACCCGCGGCUGAAGGAGGUGGACGACGUGCUGGGCGGCGCGGCGGCCUGGGAGAACGUGGACUCGACGGCAGAGCCCUGCCCCAAGUGCGAGCACCCUCGCGCCUACUUCAUGCAGAUCCAGACGCGCUCGGCCGACGAGCCCAUGACCACCUUCUACAAGUGCUGCAACCCGCAGUGCGGGCACCGAUGGCGGGACUGAGGGAUACGGACCGCCCCGGGCCGCCCGCCGCCUGAGGGGCCGCGGGGUCCGGGCCGCUGAGGGUGAGGGGCCGGGCCCGGCAGCGCCAGGCCCGCCGGGACGGGGGUCGGGCGUCCUGUCCUACAAUAAACGUGUCAGUAACCGUC